GAAAGAGAGAAAGAAAUGGCAAUAACUCUUAACAAUGGGUUCAAAAUGCCGAUGAUGGGGGUUGGAGUUGCGACAAUAAUGAAGAACGAUGAAAUCAAAGAUAUCAUUACCAACGCCCUUAAGAUUGGUUAUCGCCAUUUUGACUGCGCUGCUCACUAUAAAAAUGAGGCUGGAAUAGGUGAGGCACUAGCAGAAGCUUUAGAGAGUGGACUUGUGACGAGGGAAGAACUUUUCAUUACCUCAAAGGUAUGGACCUCGGACCAUGGACAUGUUGUGGAGGCUUGCAAGGACAGCUUAAAGAAGCUUCAACUACAAUAUUUGGAUUUGUACCUCGUGCACUUCCCAAUAGCCACAAAACAUACAGGAGUGGGCAAUACCAGCAGUGAAUUGGCUAAAGAUGGGAUGUUAGACAUUGAUACAACCAUAUCGUUAGAAACCACUUGGCGUGCCAUGGAAGAGCUGGUUUCUAUUGGUUUAGUUCGUAGUAUCGGAAUCAGCAACUACGACAUAUAUUUGACAAGAGAUUGUUUGGCAUACUCAAAAGUGAAGCCUGCGGUGAACCAAUUUGAAACACAUCCUUAUUUUCAAAGAGAAUCUCUUGUUCGUUUUUGCCAAAAGCAUCAGAUUUGUGUUACAGCCCAUACUCCUCUAGGUGGUGGUGUUUCAAGUCCUCAAGUUUAUGGUUCAAUUUAUAAUAUUCUCCAAGAUGAGGUUCUUCAGGAAAUAGGAAAUAAAUAUGGGAGGAGCCCAGCUCAAAUUGCCCUGAGGUGGGGAAUUCAAAGGAACGUUGUGGUUAUACCAAAGACUUCAAAAUUGAACAGAUUGAAAGAGAACUUUGAAGCGUUUGAUUUUGAGCUUAAACAGGAAGAUAUGGAUCUCAUCAAAAGCAUUGACAAGAAUUAUAGAACCAAUCUCAUUUCAACUCUGGCUUGGGGCAUGGAUAUAAAUGCUUAAUUCCCUAAUUAAUUACUACAUCAUCUGUCUAUCAUUUCCAUCUAAACACUUUCAUAUAUCUGUUUCAAAAUAAAAACGCACCCUGUGUGUUUGAUUGAAGUAUUUCUAUAUACAAAUAAAUUUCUUUUUAAUGAGAUAUAAUUAAAAGUAUGAUGACCAAAA